CUCAAAUCUGGUAAUUGGCCGUCUCUCUCGAUCUCAACAUUAAUAUUCUCAAAUCAAUGGGUGGAGGUUGGAGUUAUGCACGAAUGGGAGGUCGUUUUACUACUAAUAGACCGAAGAGGAUGGCAACCGAUGAAGAAAUAAGGGAAAUGCUUGAGAAUGCCUACGAGCGUGGUCGCCGUUAUGCUAAAGAGGUUCCUAUUAUGGCCAUUUUUUAUGCCUUCGCUAAACCAGAUCCUCGUGCUUGCAAGUCUAUGACCAGUUUUAUCAAGACUCGUGGGGCUAAUUAUUACUUAAGUGAUGAGAACAGAGAGAUUGAGGAAUUUUUGGUAACUAGGUUUUGUGCUUUAAAGAAGGGAGAUAAACCAAAGCAUACUCUUUAA